GCGCGCUAAGAAUCGUGGCUCUACGUGGACUCCGAGCAGACGUAGCCUGCGCCCAGAGGGAGCCUUCAGUCCCUCCUUGGGGGAGGCCUGCGGCUGAGGAGGCAGAAAAAGAACCUGCAGAUAACUUGAUUAGUCUACGCCUCUCAGAAUGUUGAGUCACAUCGUUAGCAACUCUGGCUUUCGGCCCUUCAGCCAUUGUCUUCUCUCCUGGAUCCGAUCCACAGCUGUCUCCAGACCACAUUGUCUCAUCCAACGACCAACCUUCAGCCUUAAAUUUUCUCGUUCUUGGAGCAACAUUCCUUUCAUCACAGUGCCCCUCAUUCGUUCGCAUGGCAAACCCUUUGCCCACCGGAGUGAGCUAAAACAUGCCAAGAGGAUUGUGGUGAAACUUGGAAGUGCUGUGGUGACCCGAGGGGAUGAGUGUGGUCUGGCCCUGGGGCGGCUGGCAUCUAUUGUUGAGCAGGUGUCUGUGCUGCAGAAUCAGGGCCGAGAGAUGAUGCUGGUCACCAGUGGGGCCGUAGCCUUUGGGAAGCAGCGACUGCGUCAUGAAAUCCUCUUGUCUCAGAGUGUGCGGCAGGCCCUGCAUUCAGGACAAAAUCAGCUCAAAGAGAUGGCAGUUCCUGUCUUGGAGGCACGAGCCUGCGCAGCUGCUGGGCAGAGUGGGCUGAUGGCCCUGUAUGAGGCAAUGUUUACACAGUACAGCAUCUGCGCUGCUCAGAUUUUAGUGACCAACUUGGAUUUUCACGAUGAACAGAAACGCCGGAAUCUCAAUGGGACACUUCAUGAACUGUUACGCAUGAACAUUGUCCCAAUUGUCAACACAAAUGAUGCUGUUGUCCCCCCAGCUGAGCCCAAUAGUGACUUGCAGGGGGUAAAUGUCAUAAGUGUUAAAGAUAAUGACAGUUUGGCUGCCCGUUUGGCUGUGGAAAUGAAAACUGAUCUCUUGAUUGUGCUUUCAGAUGUCGAAGGUCUUUUUGAUAGUCCUCCAGGAUCAGAUGACUCCAAACUCAUUGAUAUUUUUUACCCUGGAGACCAGCAAUCUGUGACAUUUGGAACCAAGUCAAGAGUAGGACUAGGUGGCAUGGAAGCCAAGGUGAAGGCUGCCCUUUGGGCUCUCCAAGGUGGAACCUCUGUUGUGAUUGCUAAUGGAACCCAUCCUAAGGUCUCAGGCCAUGUCAUUACUGACAUUGUAGAGGGAAAAAAAGUUGGCACUUUCUUUUCAGAGGUGAAACCUGCAGGUCCAACUGUCGAACAGCAGGGGGACAUGGCUCGAUCUGGAGGAAGGACUUUGGCUACUUUGAUGCCUGAGCAGAGAGCAGAGAUUAUCUACCAUCUUGCUGAUCUCCUGACUGACCAGCGGGAAGAGAUCCUGUUGGCCAACAAGAAAGACUUGGAAGAGGCAGAGGGGAGACUAGCAUCCCCUCUGCUAAAACGCUUGAGUUUAUCUACAUCUAAAUUGAACAGUUUGGCCAUUGGAUUACGUCAGAUUGCAGCUUCCUCCCAGGACAGCGUUGGGCGUGUCUUGCGAAGAACAAGAAUUGCAAAAGAUUUGGAACUGGAGCAAGUUACUGUCCCAAUUGGAGUCCUUCUAGUGAUUUUUGAAUCCCGCCCUGAUUGUCUUCCCCAGGUGGCUGCCUUGGCUAUUGCAAGUGGCAAUGGCUUGCUUCUGAAAGGAGGAAAAGAGGCAGGUCACAGCAACCGAAUCCUGCAUCAUCUCACACAGGAGGCACUCUCCCUCCAUGGAGUCAGGGAUGCAGUGCAGCUGGUGAACACUCGAGAAGACGUUGAGGAUCUUUGCCGGCUGGAUAAGCUGAUUGACCUGAUUAUUCCGCGCGGCUCCUCUCAGCUGGUCAGAGACAUUCAGAAAGCUGCCAAAGGAAUACCCGUGAUGGGCCACAGUGAGGGCAUCUGCCACAUGUACGUGGAUGCAGAGGCCAGUGUUGACAAAGUCACCAGGCUGGUGAGAGACUCUAAGUGUGAAUACCCAGCUGCUUGCAAUGCCCUGGAAACUCUGUUAAUCCACCGAGAUCUGCUGAGAACCCCAUUGUUUGACCAGAUCAUCGACAUGCUGAGGGUAGAGCAGGUGAAAAUUCAUGCAGGUCCCAGGUUUGCUUCCUAUUUGACUUUCAGCCCUUCUGAGGUUAAAUCUCUUCGAAUAGAAUAUGGAGACCUAGAAUGUUGUAUUGAAGUGGUGGACAGUGUACAGGAGGCCAUUGACCAUAUCCACAAAUAUGGCAGCUCGCACACAGAUGUUAUUGUUACAGAGAAUGAGAAAACAGCAGAGUUCUUCCUUCAGCAUGUGGACAGUGCUUGUGUGUUCUGGAAUGCUAGCACCCGCUUCUCAGAUGGCUACCGCUUUGGGCUUGGUGCAGAAGUAGGAAUCAGCACUUCUCGAAUCCAUGCCCGGGGACCAGUAGGACUUGAAGGAUUACUUACUACUAAGUGGCUGCUUAGAGGACAGGACCAUGUUGUAUCUGAUUUCUCAGAGAAUGGAACUUUAAAAUAUCUCCAUGAAAACCUUCCCAUCCCUCACAGAAAUAUCAAUUGAGAGCAUGCAGGAAGACAUGGGAGGGCCUUCCAAGAGCAUUUCAUUGCUAAAAUCCAGUGAUAAGACAAGACUGUCUCCAAUUCCUUGGUGGUUUUUUGCUGUUUUGAGGUACACCAGGAAGCUUUUUGGGUUGUUUUGGCCUGUGCAGUAGAAGACAAGAUGUACCUGCUACACCACAUACUCUACUUUGCCAGUUAGAAAGUACAUUUGCUGCAGAUAGUACCUUCCCCUUCUCAAAUUGAUUUUCUUUAAAUAAUUUAAAUUGGUGCUGGUGAUUCUUAGAGAAAAAAAAUGGACAGUUGGUUUCCUCUUUUUACCUUUUUACUGCCUCAGUGAGGUAAAGAUUCCUCUUGGACGUUUUUUCCAGUACUGUAUCCUAUGGUCCUAAUAGCUUUUUUUUUUAUUCCAGAUAUCAUCAUUUUACUAGAAGAGGAAACAUUUGGUACUCUUUAAAGACUUGUUUCUCUUCAGCUUUUCAUUAGAAAAAUCAGAUACAAAUUGACUAAAUUAUUGAAUCAUUAAAUUUUAUUUUUUGUAUUUAUUUGUCAAAUGAAUAUUCCAGAUAUGUGCUUAUUUGUCUUUGACUAAGAGGGCUCUACAUUCAUUAUAAGUGAUUUAUUUUGUUAACUCUAAGAGAGAAACUACAUGCUGUAACAUUUAGGAGUAGCUAUUUCCACUAUAGAGAAGGGAGGCAGUUUUUUUGCAUCAGUUAUGGUCAGGAAUUUUAUAUGAGUUGUUUAUUAUCCCUCCCAUUCCCUGAUCUCCCCCCCCAAAAAAAAAAUAACUAAAGGAAUAUUUUAAUACUCUAAAUUUUUUCCCUUUUUUAAAAAUAAAGCUCUUACCAAAAGA